AUGAAAGUCGGCGACUGCACUGCCACCGCUGCCACUACCGCCACCACGCCGAGAUCGGUAGUCGUCGCCUCCCGGAGCAAAUCCCACGCGGCGAGCCGCAGGGUAACGCCUGCCUCAGUCUCCAACGUCGGCUCCCCCAACAGCGUCCUCGAGAAGCACCUCCCCAACGGAGAUCUGUACAUCGGGACCUUCUCCGGCAACGCCCCCCACGGAUCCGGCAAGUAUCUGUGGCGCGACGGGUGUUCGUACGAGGGCGAGUGGAAGAAGGGUAAGGCGAACGGUCGGGGGAAGUUCUCCUGGCCUUCGGGUGCGACCUAUGAGGGCGAGUUUCGGUCGGGCCGGAUGGAGGGCUCCGGCACCUUCGUCGGGCCGGAAGGCGACGUGUACAGCGGCUCGUGGUCCGGCGAUCGCAAGCACGGCUACGGCGUGAAGCACUACAGCAAUGGGGAUUACUACGAGGGCCACUGGAAGAGGAAUCUCCAGGACGGCCAGGGAAGAUACCUUUGGAGAAAUGGAAACGAGUACAUCGGCGAGUGGAAGAACGGGUCAAUUCACGGCAGAGGUGUCCUUAUCUGGCACAACAAAAAUCGGUACGACGGUGAUUGGGACUGUGGGUCCCCUAAGGGCCAUGGGGUCUUCACCUGGCCGGACGGGAGCUGCUACAUCGGCUGCUGGUCGAACGAGCCGUGUAAAAACGGCAACAAAGGGCAGCAAAUUCUGAAUGGGACCUUUUACCCUGCCCACAGCUCAAAAACUGGGAAUGUCUGCCGGAAAAUGUUGACUCCGGCGAUUGUGGUGGAGGAGGAGAGUCUGAAUCCGGUGAUGAACAGUAAGUGGAUACCGGCCGAUGGGGCUGUUAAUGGGAAGGGUUUUUUUCCGAGGAUUUGCAUUUGGGACUCUGAUGGGGAGGCUGGGGAUAUAACGUGCGAUAUAAUCGAUAAUUUGGAGGCCUCAUUGUUGUAUACAAAUGGCUCGGUUUUGAGUCGUGAUGGGAUUAAGCAGUUUAGAAGGAACCCCGGCUGUUUAAAUGGCGGUGACGUUAAAAAACCGGGGAAAACGAUUGUGAAAGGGCAUAAGAAUUAUGAUCUGAUGCUCAACCUUCAGAUGGGCAUUAGGUAUACUGUGGGAAAGCAUGCUUCGAUUUCGCGAGAUCUCAAGAUGACUGAUUUUGAUCCAAUGGAGAAGUUUUGGACGAAAUUUCCGGCCGGAGGAUCUAAAAUCACGCCGCCACAUCAGCUGCCCGAGUUUCGGUGGAAGGAUUAUUGUCCGAUCGUCUUUAGGCAUUUAAGGGAGCUAUUUCAAGUUGAUCAAGCAGAUUACAUGUUAGCCAUUUGUGGAAAUGAUGCCCUGAGAGAACUUUCUUCUCCCGGGAAGAGCGGAAGUUUCUUUUACUUGACACAAGACGAUCGAUUUAUGAUAAAGACUGUUAAGAAAUCUGAAGUGAAGGUGCUUAUCAAGAUGCUUCCUAGUUACUAUCAACAUGUCUCUCGUUAUGAAAAUUCGCUCGUCACAAAAUUUUACGGAGUCCACUGUGUGAAGCCAGUCGGUGGCGUUAAGACACGGUUCAUUGUGAUGGGAAAUUUGUUCUGCUCCGAGUAUCGAAUUAAUCGAAGAUUUGAUCUGAAAGGAUCAUCACACGGCCGAACGAUUAAUAAAACUAAGGGGGAGAUUGAUGAAACCACAACUCUAAAGGACCUCGACUUAAACUAUACGUUCCGUUUGCAGACCAAUUGGUAUCAAGAACUCAUGAAGCAAAUUCAUCGCGAUUGUGAAUUUCUCGAGAGAGAACGGAUCAUGGAUUAUAGUCUCUUGGUUGGCCUUCAUUUUCGUGAUGAUAAUGCUCGGGAUAAAAUCGGUUUAUCGCCUUUUGUGCUGCGUUCAGGCAAAGGCGAUUCGUACCAAAACGAAAAAUUCAUGCGUGGGUUUCGUUUUCUUGAAGCCGAAUUACAAGACAUGGACCGGGUUUUAUCUGGCAGGAAACCAUUGAUAAGGCUAGGUGCCAACAUGCCUGCGCGGGCCCAACGUGUGGCCCGAAAGAGCGAUUUCGACCGGUACACUCAUUCCGGUUUUAGCCACUCGAUUACUGGAGAAACUCACGAAGUUGUCCUUUACUUUGGGAUUAUCGACAUCUUGCAAGACUACGACAUCACCAAGAAAAUCGAGCACGCGUACAAGUCCUUGCACGCGGACCCCACUUCCAUCUCGGCCGUCGAUCCGAAACUCUACUCGAGAAGGUUCCGUGAAUUCGUAGGGAGAAUAUUCGUCGAGGAGUGA